UUUUACCCAAAACUUAAGAUGGAUAGGGAAUUUGAAGAGGUGAAGAAUAGCUGGGUCAACAACCACAAGAGAGAUAGCAAUUCUGAGAAUGAACCUUCACUACCAAAUCUAAGCUAUAUGCAGCACUCGAACAAUAGUGAGGAGGAAGUGCCCUUAGAAAUAUCCGAUUAUGAUAAUUCAUGGGAGGUGAAAUACAUGGAUGACACUAUCCUCAACUGCAACGUCAACAUCACAAAGUACGACUCUAUAAGGGGCUUUACAUUAAUGGCUUUGGGAAUUAUUUGAGCAACAGUCAUGCAUGUGUGAGCAAGAACAGCUUUUGCCAGGAAUCCUGAGCUCACUAAUUUCGAUACAUUUUCAUUCAUAGGCUACAUCCUGCCUAUUUUCUACCUCAUUGCUGCUCGAAUAAAGGGAGUCACAGUGAACUUGUAUUAUUUUGAGGAGAAAAUAGGUUUCAUGAUUCUUUUCAGGACACUUGCAAGUAACUUUAUGCAUAUCUUCCUGUUUGCAGGAUUUAAAUACAUGUCUGAUGCCAAAGGAACCCUGAUAUUCAACCUAAACCCUAUAUUUUGAAUCAUAAUCGCUUUCUUUGUUGUUUCAGAAAGGAUCAAUGCACUGAGUACCGCCGUCAUAAUCGGCUCUUUGUGAGGAAUCUACCUCUUUGGCCUGAACGAGUCUUACUCUGAAACAAUCGGAUUGUUAGGAUACCUUUUGGUCUUUGUGAGUUCAGGAAUUUAUGGCUGAAUACUUGUAUUAAUUAGGCUCUUGAAUAUAAGAGGCGUACAUUAUUUAGUACCUCCUUUCUAUAUUGGAGUAAUGGCGUUGGUAACUACAGGAGUUGUCACGAUCUUUUUCCCAACGCAUAUUAGCAUGGAAUAUGAUAGUAUAGACAUUCUCUAUCUUGGAUUGUAUGGCUUGGCAGCAGCUGGGGCUCAGCUGUGCCUCAAUGCUGCAUUCCAAUACGAGCUUGCAAUAACUUUAUGAUUAUGACAAUAUUUGGAAAGGGUGCUGAUACUCCUAGUGGAUAUCCUUCUAUUUGGUUAUGCCUUCUCCAUAAUUGAUAUAAUGGGAAUUUCUCUGAUAAUUUUAUGAAUAGCAACUCUUAUCAUUGUAAAAAUAAUAUAAUCAAUUCA